GGCGGCCACGCCCCCUCUUGGGUUGCCUGGCGAAGAAGCCUACUCGAGGCCCGCUCGAGGCCUUCUCGGCAGUGGGAGGGGAACCGCCAAGAUGCCGCACGGCUUCAAAGCCGGCGACCUCGUCUUCGCCAAGAUGAAGGGAUACCCGCACUGGCCGGCCCGGAUUGACGAUAUUGUUGAUGGCGCGGUGAAGCCCCCGCCCAACAAAUACCCAAUAUUCUUCUUUGGGACACACGAGACGGCGUUCCUGGGCCCCAAGGACCUCUUCCCUUAUGACAAGUACAAGGACAAAUAUGGGAAGCCCAACAAGCGGAAAGGCUUCAACGAAGGGCUCUGGGAGAUCCAGAACAACCCUCAUGCCAGUUACAGUGCACCUCCGCCAGUGAGCUCCUCUGAUAGUGAAGUUGAGGUCGAAGCUAUUGCUCAACUCGGAGGAGGAGGAGGUGGAGGAAGUGAUGGCGUUGAGGAGGAAGAGGAGGAGGCUGCCCCAGCGGCGGCAGCAGCAGCGGUCAGCGUGGUGGAUGUGACCCCGGAGAAAGUGGACAGCGAUGAGGAGUCUGACAAAGGCAGCGACCACAGUGGUGCAAAGCGGAAACCAUUAGCCAUGAAAAUGCCAGCAGCAAAACGACCCCGGAAAUCAUCCAGUGACAUGGACCAGGGCAGCCCCUCUGCUUCGGAAGAGGAGAACUCAGAAAGCUCUUCGGAGUCAGAAAAAUACAGUGAUCAGGACUUCACUCCAGAGAAAAAAACUCCACCGCGAGCUCAACGGCGGGCCCCAGCCGGCAGAUGGAAGAAAAAGAAAAUCGAAUCUGGCUCUGACUCAGACACCAAGGCAGAUUCCGAAGAAGAGGAGGAAGAGGAGGACAAGAGACGCAAUGCCCGGGCUCCCAGCCCCAAGUCGGACUCAGAUUCCCAUUCAGACGAGUCAGUGAAGAAGCCCUCACGGGGACGCAAGCCAGCUGCGGAGAAGCCGCCCCCGAAGCCCCGUGGGAGGAAACCAAAGGUAGAGCGGCUUCCCAGCAGCUCCAGCAGUGACAGUGACAGCGAUGUGGACCGGAUCAGUGAGUGGAAGCGGCGCGACGAGGAGCGCCGUCGGGAGUUGGAGGAGAAGCGGAAGCGGGAGCAGGAGGAGGAGCUGCGCCGGUUGCGGGAGCAGGAGCGGGAGGAGAAGGAGCGGCGGAAGGAAAAAGCCGAGAAAGGAGAGGCUGAGCGCUCGGGCAGCGAGGCCAGCAGUGUGGAGGCCGAAGCCCCCCGCAAGGCUAAGAGGGGCCGGCCGGCCAAGGUGCCUCCUCCCCCCUCCUCCUCCGAUUCAGAAGCAGAGAAAGAGGUGAAAAAGCCUCCGAAGAAACAUCCCCCGUCCGAAGCCUCCAGGAAACAAAGUCAGAAGGAGAAGAAGGGCCAAGGAGAGGAGAAGCCGCGGAACAGAGCUGUGAAAGCGGAACGAGGCAGGAAAAAACCGGAGCCAAUCCCAGAAAGGAGAGUGGAGAAGAAGAAAGAACCGACAAUCGAGGAGAAGCUCCAGAAGCUGCACAGCGAGAUCAAGUUUGCCCUCAAAGUCGAUAACCCAGACAUCAAGCGUUGCCUGAGCGCAUUAGAAGAACUGGGCAGUUUGCAGGUCACCUCUCAGAUCCUCCAGAAGCACACGGACGUCGUGGCCACAUUGAAGAAGAUCCGGCGUUACAAAGCCAACAAAGAUGUGAUGGAGAAGGCGGCCGAGGUGUACACCUGCCUGAAGUCCCGGGUCCUCGGCCCCAAGGCGGGCGCCACCCCGAAAGCCGGCCGGCUGGAGCCGGAGAAGGAGAUAGGAGAAGGAGAUAAAGUCCAGGAGAAGCCGCCUGAAGGAGAGCGGCCGGACGAGAGGGGAGACGAGGCAGACGCUGACCUCCCAGCCCCCGUGAAUGGUGAAUCGGCGGCCCAGAAAACAGAGAGCAAAGUGGAGAACCAGGACCGAGGCGACAACUGGACUUCCGGAGAUGCCAAGUCUCCUGAAAACACCCACAACGAAGUGCGGGACUAUCCCAAGACGGAAGGGGCAGAACGGGAGCGGAUCCCGGAAGCCGAGUCGGACUCCGCAGACGAGGACGACGAGAGCUGAGGCUCGGCGGGACAAAAGCAAGAGGAAGGUGGCAAUGACAGUGACGGUGGCACCCGGAUCGAAGCUUUCUCAAGCCACACAGUAGAUGACAUUCUAGGUCACAUGCCCCUCCAUCCUUGCUCUCUCUCUCUUUUUCUCUCAUUCCCUCCUUUCCCUGCCAUCCGUCCCUCCUUCCUUCCUUUUCCCAGUUCUCGCUUCCUGGAGCGACCCGUUGUUGGUUUGUAUUGGUCCCGUUUCUUCUUUUCUUUCUUUUCUUCCCUCCCGUCUUCCUCCUCCCCUCUUGCCUUCUCUCCCCAUUGUGAUUUCAGACAGACAUGAAAUGAAUAUAUAAAGGGUUGGUUUUUGUUUUUUUAAUGAAAAAAAGACUUUUGUUUUUUGUUGGCUUU